UUCGAGUCCGAGAUUUGUGGCAUAGUAAAACCAUCUGAUUUUGCACGGAAGGGAUUAAAUUUGAUCUCAGAGGCCUGUAACUACACAAUCACCCAUGUAAAUGUUGUUCCCAAAGUUGGAUCAAACAGGGGACUGAACUUCAUCUCUGUCCCAAACAGUUGCGAAAGAAGAACUUCAAAUUUUCAAAAGAACUUGACACAAAAGCAUCCCAGCGAGUUCCAAUAUGGAACCAGAUAUGGUCAACCCCUUCGCCCUGCUGCAGUCCGCCACAGAAGAGACCCCAGAGGUCAUGAAAGGUCAAAGUUCAGAGGUCGUGCCGGCAAUCAGCGCAGCUGAUGAAAGCAAGGAGGACAAGAAUCCAGGGUCAGAGGUGAAAGACGAGAGUGCGGCGUCAGAGGCACAGAAGGUUCAGGCAGUGGACCGGAUGAUACAGACAGUUUUUCUGGUCACCGUUGAUCACGAGAACGAGACAAGUGACCGAGGUAUGCCGCCUCGCUGCGUGUACCUGGUGGAAACGGCCGACGCCCUGAAGGAAGAAAAUGGCGGGACGUGGAACUGGCUGGGCUGGGAUGUCAUUGAUCGGGCCAUCUUUGAGAGGAUACUUCUUGAGGACCCUGCCUUCCAUGUCAUCAACAUGAGCUCUGCCUCCCUGAGCUGUACGGUGGAGGAGCAAGAGGCAGGAGAGAAGGAAGUGAUGCGAUACCUGCUGGCUUGCUACAGGAGGAGUGUCCAACAAUCCAAGGCAAACAAGGGUGACCUCCAUGAAUAUGCAGAGUGCUGUCGGCGAGUCGUCAUCUCCAAUGCAGUGACAAGCUUGUUGACCCCGGAGCUGUUUAAUGGGCAAGACCUGCAUGCACAGACCAUGACUACACUCCUGCAGAUGUUUGCAAGUGGAGAAAUCGACCACGUCUUCAACUUUCUGCUGGAAGUGGUUGAUGCAGUCUUGUUGGACGAAGACCUACAAUUGGCCGACGCGUUCGUUCCGUUGCUAGACCUCCUGUACAAACAGAUGACGGAAAAUCCGUCGCUGUCGGACGCCAGGAAUGCCGCCUUCUGUGCUGUGCUGGAGCUGUUCACGAGACGGACAAGCUUAGCAAACAUUCUAAUGGAUCACGUCACGCCCAAGGACCAUAAAAAAGCCAAGAGUUAUGAGCAGACAGUCCUAGGCAUCCCACUGUCUCUGUCGUGCGUGCCCAGGCAUCAACAGCCGACUGAGUUCUUCACCAAACCAUCCAGGGCAACGCAGAGGGAGCACAGUGCAACACAGGAAUUUUUAUGGCAGCCAAUGGCCCUACUGAAUGACAGGAUGUAUGAAGUUUUCAAAGGGAUCUUCAAGUCUUCGACGGCUAAUAAGAACAGACUACUGUCCUGGCUGGGCAACUGUCUACAUGCAAAUGCAGGUCGGGGUAAACUUUGGUCAAGGGAGAUGCAGAAUUUCGGCCAGGUCUACGCAAGCGACGCUUUCUUUAUGAACCUAGGUGCGGUCAUGGUGCGAUUCUGCGCCCCGUUCACUGCGCCGGACUCCAGCAAGAUUCUCAGCGUGGACCUCAGCUACAGCCGGCUGGAGCUGAGCAGUACCGCUGGGGAGGAGGAGAUGAACGACAAAGGAGUGCAUCUCAGAGGACUCCCCAAAGAGACUUGCCUCAUCAAGUUAGCCGACGACACAGAAGGCGGGAGGAAUCCCACUGCCUCUCCCGCCCUCCCCACCAACCCGCCGUACAAGUUCACCACGGAGGUCUUCUUCCUGGCCCAGCGCUGCCUGAACCUGGGCUACCACAGCGUGCUGGAGCGCUUCAACCGCCUCAACCGGGAGCUGCACCGCAUCCAGGAGGUCUAUCAGGAGAUGCAGCGAUUGGGGGCGGCGGGAGGAAGCAACCCGGCCGUGGAGAGGCUAAGGGAACAGAUGGACAUCGCCAUGGCCCUGUUUCUAUCUCUAAAGACGGCCCUCCUAGAGCCCCAGCUAAUCCAGCACAGUUGGAACCUCCACCUAGCCACGGCCCGCCUCCUAAUCCAGCUGGCCACCACCGACGACCGGACCACCCUCCGGACCCCCUCAUACCCCUUACCCCCGGGGGAGGACGGGGGCUCGGCUCCCCCCUGCCUGGCCUACGUGCCCGAGUUCCUAGCCGAGAAUCUGACCAACUUUCUGCAGUUCCUGCGCCGAUUCGCCGAGCAGAAGUUCGAGGACGGGGCCGAGUCACUGGGUCACCUCAUGACCUUUAUCGUGACCUUUAUGGGGAGCAAAGGUCGGAUGAACAACCCCCAUCUGCGAGCCAAGCUGGCCGAGGUGUUGGAGGGUCUCAUCCCGCCCAAGGAGCAGUCAAAAUCUAUCGUGACAUCAUUCCAUCGGGAGAAAGUGUUCCAGGAACAUCCCCUCCUCCCUCUGGUCUCGCGUUCCUUGCUGAGCAUCUACGUGGACAUUGAGUUCUCGGGCGAUGACCACGCCUUUGAGCAGAAGUUCAACUACCGACGGCCCAUGUACCACAUCCUCAAGUACCUCUGGAGCUUGGAGAAACACAGACAGUCCAUGAAGGAAAUAGCUGCAGAGGCUUUGCUGUCCAUGGAGGCUGCCACUGCGCCCCUGUUCCUUCGCUUCAUCAAUCUUCUCAUCAACGACGCCAUCUUUAUGCUGGACGAGGCGAUGGAUAACCUGAAGCAGAUCAAGGAGAUGCAGCACCAGCGUGACAGCGGCGAGUGGCGCAGUCUGCGGCCCCAGGACCUGCAGCAGCGGGAGAGCACGCUGCGCACCAACGGCAGCAUUGCACGCUUCUUCAACGUCAUGUCCAACGAGUCCAUGAACAUCCUCAACUUCAUCACCAGUGAGAUCAAGACCAUCUUUGUGCAUCCUGUCAUGGUGGAUCGAGUGGCAGCCAUGUUUAAUGACUUUCUACUCAAGUUGGUUGGUCCGAAGAUGGGUGCGUUGAAGGUCAAGAAUUUUGACGAGUUUGAGUUCAAGCCGGGCAGCCUGGUCAAGCACAUUUGCCAGGUCUACCUGAAUCUCGGCGACAACGCAGAAUUCUGCGCGGCCGUUUCGCGGGACGGACGCUCCUAUUCUUCGUCCCUGUUUGUACGGGCGGACCGCGUCCUGAAGAAGAUCAUCGCCCCCAUUGAGAUGAUCGAGGAGAUGACAGCCUUUGAAGAUCGAGUCAGGGCCAUGGCAGCCAAACAAGAAGAGGAGGAAGAGACGUUCGCUGAUGCCCCUGAUGAGUUCAUUGACCCUUUGACCUUUACCCUCAUGAGUGACCCCGUGACCCUGCCCUCCUCCCGGACGGUGAUGGACCGAGCUGUCAUAGCCAGGCAUUUGCUCAGUGACCACACGGAUCCGUUCAACCGGUCGCCAUUGACCAUGGAUGAAGUGGUGACCAAUGACGAACUGCGUAAAAAGAUAGAAGCCUGGAAGCAGGAAAACUCCAAAAAGAAAUGAAGUAAAACUAGAAGCAGAAGAGUUGUAAUCACAUCGAUCUCAAGGCAAGUCACAAGUACGUCACAAGAGUUAGGGGUGAACUGUGACAAGGGAAAACCUUAGGGGUAGCAUGGAUGGCUUGUGCGUAAAGCGCUCGCCUCUCACCAAGGUGACCACGGUUCGAAUCCUGGCCGCAGAUCCUGGCCUCGGAUUCUGGCCUGGCCGGGGAUCACAUGUGAGUAGAGUUGUGCCUUGGUUCUCUCCUGUGCCACGAGGGUUGUUCUCCGGGCCCUCCGGUUUUCCUCCCUCCGGAAAAAUCAAACACUUUCGAUCUCAGGCUGUGCUCCGUGG